AUGGACAACCUGAACCAGCUUCUGCAGCUCUUGCAGUGUGCUGACCCAUCUGGGCUGAAGAUUUCACUGGCUGCUAUUUUCUGCUUCAUCAGUCUAGCAACUAGUCUCAAGAAUGAUAUCCUUUUGGUGCAGCUCAGAGACCAGGACAUCAGUAAACCACCUGCUAAUCUCUCACCAAGUCUUUCGUGUUUCCUCUCUGCUAUAGUGCUGCCACGGUCUGGUUCAGAACCAUGGUUUGAACUGGACUUUUGGUCCAGUUCUGGAUGGUUCAGUCCACGGUUCUGGUCCUUUUUGAAGGUUCAAGCAGGUCAUCACUUUCAACAUGGACAAUCGAUAUUCCCCUCUCCCAAGUCAAUUUACGGGAACACCAAAGACUUGGUCGUGGAAUGCAACACAUACGAGUCUUGCAUCAAGGAGCCUACAUCCUCCCACUACCUCUCUGACUCAGGGACUGGUGCUCAAUCUUAUGCUGCUGCUCGCCGCCAUCCUCGACCCAUGCCCAUGAUCGCCAUCCCUUCGCUGCCAACUACUCGUUAUCGUAACUGCUCUCCUGAUACCUCUAUUGCACAUGGUUCGGACCCCAAAAAAACCAAACCGGACCAUAGAGAACAGUUCUCUAUGGUCUGGUUCUGGGUUCAGAUAUUUUGUAGAACUGAACCGAUGGUCCGGUUCUUGGUUCUCACCUAG